GUUCUAACACGAAGCCCAUUCAACCGUAUAAAAAUAAAAUUACAGGAAAACCCUAAUCCUAACCCUAGAUCAAGAUUCAUAUUUCGCUCCAGCAGUUUAGCUCGCUCGCUCUCUCUCAAAGUCACUCAGAGAAGUCAACUAUGGGUAAGGUUCACGGAUCAUUGGCACGUGCCGGUAAAGUGAGAGGGCAAACACCGAAGGUGGCCAAGCAGGACAAGAAGAAGAAGCCCCGCGGUCGUGCUCACAAGCGGAUGCAAUACAACCGCCGCUUCGUCACCGCCGUUGUUGGCUUCGGAAAGAAGAGGGGACCAAACUCAUCAGAGAAGUAAACUGGAGGUGCCAAUAUGUUUUUUUGGUCGUACGACUUAAUUCCUCAAUAGUAAAAUGGAGAUUCCAAUAGCUUUUGCUUUGACUAUGUUGAACAUGUAAUGGCAUUUCAUGGAUAAAGAAAGUUUUGUUUAACUGAGUUGAAUCAAAUUCGAAAUGAGUACUUACUCAUAUUAUCUAACUUUUUACUUUAUAUGUAUUUGGUGUCUUGAACUUCCCAAUUCUUAUUGACAUGUUCUAAUGUAUAGCUGAGGCUUUUCAUUUGAAUGUCAGUGGUGUGUAUUUGAGUAAUGCUUAUGUUUUCGAUGGGGAAAAGAGUUGUUUCAAA